ACCCGCUCGCCGUCGCUGACAUCCAACCCAUGCCUGCCUGGCGAGGGCACGCUACCACAGCACGUCCGACGCCUUCAAGCUGUUCGACAAAAUGCCGCAACCGUACGACAAUCUGCCAAGUGCUUGUUGUCCGCUACUACCGGUGAGCUGUUGUACCGAGCGAGCCCAUGGAUCACGGUGCUUGCUCGAGAAAAGGGGCGCGUCUGCAAGGCGAGCUGGUGAUCCACGAUCCCUCAAGCCCAGUUCCAGGUGCCUCAUUGCUGUCUGGUGAAAUCCCUCAGUCUUUCCGCCUUUAGCAUUGUCCGCUUUGCCAUGGCGUCAUCAGCUUUUAAAAAAAGGCAGAGACCUGAAGCCAGCCUUGAAGCUGCAUUUGAUAUGCAAAAGAGCGAGCUAAUGGUCCGAGAAAUGGAGGUUGAAAGGCUUGCUGAUAAUACAGUGAAGAAGGAACUGCUGCAAGUGUGUCAGCGUCCAACAUGCAGAGGGCGAGAGGCAGUGAAACAGCUGCCAUGGCAGCGAAAGGCAAAGGCACUGCCAUGGCAGCCGAUCGGGCCAUGCUGGCAGACAAGUGGAUGAAUCAAGGCGAAGGACGCGUCAUCGCCAGGCCAACAAGGAUUCGCCACACCAACCGCAGGUUCGUGGGCCCGGAGGAGGGGCAUCCGGGCUUGGAUCACGGUAAUGGCAACGGCAACGGCACGACACUUACUUUCUUCUUCCUUUUUCUUUUGGCAAGUUGUAUCCAGAGAGUGAAUCACUGCCCUCCUGUGGCUGUAAUCGAAUUGCGGGAGAAACUAGAAUGGGUACCUAACAUCGUGGUAUCAGCUAGCCACCUACCACCCUUCCCCGCUGCCACCGCCCAGAUCGCCGUCCUAGAAACCCGCCGCUAGAAGCAAGCGCGUGAUCACCUCAUCGCCACCAUGGAUCCCGCGCUCAAAGCUUACCUCGACAAGAUGAGCGACGAGGCCACCGCCCGCGCCAACAAGCAAGACGGCGACAACAAUGCCAUCCUCCAGGCCUUGGCGACGCAAACGGCACGGAUCGACUCUCUUGUCACCUGGAAGCCGGAGUUGGAGGCGCGGUUCGCGCAAUUGGAGCUCUCGGUUGCGGCUCUCCAAGCCGCAUCGUCUUCAACUGCACCAUCCAUCGGAUCGCCGCCGCUUGCGACCCCUACCAUGGUCGCGCGCGAGAUCCAAGGGCAAUCAGGCCACGGCGUUCCUGGGGGAUCCUUGUCGGUGACCCCCGAGUCACCGUCGACUUCCCCGGUCACGGGACUGGUGCAAGUAGCAGCAGGUCAAUCUGGGACGGCACAAGCUCAAGUUGCAUAUGGAAGUGCAUUUAACAAUCUCCCUGCUCAAACAACUCAAGCUUAUGGCAUGCCUUACGCAUACACUAAUCCCAUGGCGGGCUAUCAAGAUGUGCAAGCUAGUGGACAUGCUGGCUACCCAGUUGCCAGUUAUGAUCAGAAUGCCAUCCCCUACUAUACAAUCUAUCCUGGCUACCCUGCAGGUUAUGAUCAGAAUGGCCUCCCCUACUAUACUGGCUACCCAGCAGGUGAUGAUCAGAAUGCCAUGCACUUCUAUCUUGUCGCCUAUGCUGCAACUGCGGUGGGCGUCCCAGCAACUGAUGCUGCCAACAUGGACGGCAAUGCUGGAUCUCCUGCCGGCGCCGGGCAGGCCGAAUCGACGGGCCACAUCACACUUGCAUCAGAUGCUCCUCCCGUCGCUGCAAUCGGCUCUCCGCUACUGGAGAAGUGAGAACCUGAGGUUUGCAAUGCAAAUGAGGUGUCGGCACCUCGUACCAAAUUUCCUUUCAUUUACCGGCAAGACAUUUGUUAUGCCAUUGCUGUGGUGUUAUUAGGACGUAGGGUGCGAUCACCCAAGUUACCUGGAUUCUGGACUUCAUUUUCUUUUGUUUGUCGUUGUUCCUGACUGGAUUGAUGGACCGCAGACACAUCACUCACUGUUAUCGUCCUUGAACUCUGAUUGGCGAUGUGAUUCUGGAUUAUAUGCUUUGUUCGCUA